UCUGUAUAAAAUGUUUUUGGUUGCAAUCUGAGAAACCUCUACCAAAUUCCACCAUGUUUGCUUGUUUUGCAGGUGAAUCCACAUAUCUGGAUGACCACGGACCCCCUGCUCCACGCGUGCUCCCGUUUCCCAGCCAGGUGGUUUAUAACCGUGUGGGGAAGUGUGGCAGCCGGACAGUCGUGAUUUUGCUGAGAUUACUGGCUGAGAAACAUCAGUUCAACCUAGUCUCUUCAGAAAUCCACAAUAAAACACGCCUCACCAAACAUGAACAGGUGGAUCUCAUGAAAAACAUAAGUAAAAUCCCUCAACCGUUCCUCUAUACAAGACAUGUUCACUUCCUCAACUUUACAAGGUUCAGAAUAGAAGAGCCAGUCUAUAUCAAUAUAAUCCGGGACCCCAUCAAUCGGUUCCUAUCUAACUAUUUUUUCCGUCGCUUUGGUGACUGGAGGGGCGAGCAAAACCAUCUCAUCCGAACCCCAGGGAUGAAAGAUGAUGAGAGAUACCUGGACAUCAAUGUGUGCAUUUUAGAAAAUUAUCCCGAGUGCUCCAACCCUCGUGUUUUCUACAUCAUUCCCUACUUCUGUGGGCAACAUCCUCAGUGCAGAGAGCCAGGAGUGUGGGCUUUCGAACGAGCCAAACAGAAUGUGCUGGAGAAUUAUCUCCUCGUGGGUAUCUUGGAGGAGCUGGAGGACGUUCUGCUCAUGUUGGAGAGGCUGUUACCUCAUUACUUUUCAGGGGUACUCAACAUCUACAAAAGCCCUGAGUACAGGAAAAUGGGCAACAUGACAGGCACAGUGCGCAAACACACGCCUUCUCUGGAGGCCCUGAAGGUGCUGUACCACCGUAUGCGCUACGAGUAUGAGUUCUACAACUUCAUACGUGACCAAUUUCACCUCAUGAAGAAAAAAAUAGGCCUAAAAUCAGCCUCCCAACCUCCUGCCUACUCACCUGCUUUCUUGCGAGAACUGGCCCUCAGGACCCCGGAACCUCUGGACGAAGACGAGGAGCUGGACUCAGACCUGGAGGAUGCUAACAGCUGGCUGGUCCAUACCUAGGGGCUGUUUAAUCAGCGGUAGAUGAAGCCAAACAUGAUAGUUCAAAUUGGCUGAGAAAGCUGGAGGCAGCUUGAUGGCAAGGGAUUGUGCUCCCCACCUUUUGGAUCCUUAUGCUUGUGUUUUUGCAAGCUCUGCUUCCGGACUGACAUUAUGAAAGCCUCAGCGCCUUGGACUUGAGUAAUUGCAAAAAAAUGCAUCUAAAAACUCUUCAAAAACAGAGGGAAAUUAUAUUAAGCUCAGUUUGCUAAACUGUUAGGUUUUAAUUUGAGCUUGUAAUCUCCAGGAGAGAUCAGAGCGAGAUGUGGACGGCUUAAUCCUUUGGUAAAUGUUCCAGAGCACUUGGAUGACAGUCUCUGGAGAGAGGUGGUUCAUACUUCAUGAAAGGGCUGAUGUCCUCAAAAUUGGAUUGGGUCAUGAAUAUAAAAGUGCCAAAAGUCGUGUAUGUAUAUUAGUUGUCCAGGACUUUUGUAAGUGCCAAACCUUAGUAAGUAUUCAUGUAACUGCACAGAGGGGGCAAGUGGUGAUGUGGUUAAAUGGCUAUAUUAUUGGUUUAUAACAUAAUUUGUUUGAAUUGUAAGAUGCUAUUAGGUAUAGAUGAGGGUUAAACUGUAUGCACUCAAUUAUGAAUUCAAAGAAUUCCAGCUAUGUGUGCAUAUGUGAUUGAGUUUGACCAAACUAGCAGUAUAAUUUAGCAUAGUUUUACUCUUUGGGAAAUGUCAUUUUUUCAGAAUGCGAAAAGCAUUCACAGAGCCUCAUAAGUAAUCCAAAGUAAAAAGACCAAAUGCCAGUGUUUAAACUUUAUUGCGUGGUUUCAAACUUCUGCAAACAAUAAGGGAAUUGGUCACGACUGGAGGAAAAUUUCCCAGGAUUCCUGCUUUGGGGAUGUACUGUUUAAGUAUAACCAACCAGCUAACACAUUAAUUCCUGUCAUUUUAAAAUGAACAUGUUUUUCUCACUUCUGAUUUAAAAUUCAUCCCAACGAUAGUAACCAUAAGCUAAUAUGUGAUUACAUAUUUCUACCAAACCUGUCUAAUCUCCACUGUCUGUACCUUUACUAUUGUUCCAUUAGCAUGUUCAGUGUUUCCUUUAACACCAAUUUAAUUUAUUAAUUUGUACUCAUUAUGCUUUCCAGACCAAAUUCUCAGGAAAGAAAACACAGUUUUAUAACUUGAGCAUUUGCAAAAUGUGUUUCUAUCAGCUAUUAAAAUGUACCUGGUAUUUCAAGUGUGAAAAGAAACGGUGUAUAUCAACAUCUGGUUUAAGAAAAAUGCAUUCCAUCCUUGAAGGUCCUCAAAAUAAAUGUCUAUUGCAGCUUGCAUGGCUCUGCUUUUCUUUUUUCAAUAUACCAAACAUGUCGUGUCCUUUUGAACAGAUUGAUUUCAGCAAUUUGUCCAACCGUCUUAAUGAAAUACUUCAUUAGCUAUGCAUGUUUUUAGAGGGGAAAUAUCCAAAUAUGGCAAUACGUUGUACUCUU